CACAGAGAACACAACAAAAAAAGAAAAAAAAAAGAACAGAACAGAGAACAGAGGAAAUGAAUCGUCUAAAUGUAGGAAAUUCUGACUUCUAAAAUUUAAUUUAAUCAGACAAAAUUUACCAAUAAGGUACAAUCAUAUUUUUUCCUUUCCGAUACGUUUUGUUGGAGGAAAUUCAACUUCAUAACAAUAUAAAGCUGGUGUACAUGUGUCAAUUUCAUUCACACACAACAAGAAAUUGUGUACAUUUUUUGUUUUUGAUUAUACGGCGCGCAAUUAAAUUUAGCGGGAAAAUAUUCGAAAUAUAAAUUCGAAGUUCUGUUGGCUGAUAUGGAAAGCGAAGAUGCACAACAAAAUAGUUAUGUUUACCAAAUUUUUGCUGAAACGACACUAUACUUUGAAUUGGCAGCAAAAGAAGUUGAACACAAUGAUGGCAAUACAGACUUUUUAACUUUUUUUAACGAAAAAUUGAAAACUUGUUGGAUAAAGCUUCAGUGCUUAGCCGACUAUAACACAAAACUAAACACGCAUCAAAAAGCAGCGUUACAACAACUACUCAAAAACAUUGAAAUCUUACUUGAGAAAAGCAAUACCGAUGAUAAUUCAUCAAAUAAAAAUGGAGGAAUAUCUUGUACGAAUGAAAGAACUGAUGCUAUCGCUGGAACAAUUUUAAAGCCUGGUGUGAUAACUUUUAAAGAAAUUGCAGGUUUAGACGAUGCAAUAACUUUAUUAAAGGAAGCCCUGGUACUACCACUUCAGUAUCCUCAUCUUUUUGUGGGAAAGCGAAAGCCUUGGAGGAGUAUAUUGUUAUACGGACCACCAGGAACAGGCAAGUCCAGAAUGGCACAAGCCGUCUCUUCAGAGAUUGAUUCAACUUUUUACUCCGUAUCCAGUUCUGAUUUGCUAUCGAGUUGGUUUGGUGAAAGCGAAAAAUUGAUAAAAGAGCUUUUUGCUCAUGCAAGACAACAAAAUAAUCGUGCUAUAAUAUUUGUUGAUGAAAUUGACAGUCUUUGCAGAAAACGAAGUUCACAGGAAGCAGAAACGACCAGAAGAGUAAAAACGGAAUUAUUAAAACAGAUGGAGGGUGCUACAGCUCAGAACGAUCAAACUGACAUCUUCUUUCUUUGUGCAACUAACAGACCAUGGGAGUUGGACGCAGCCUUUCUUCGAAGAUUUGAAAAAAGAAUUUAUGUUUCUUUACCAACAAGGAAAGCAAGAAGAGAGUUAUUUGAAAUACACUUAAAAGACAUUGAUAUCGAAAUAAAUGAUGAUGAAUGGGAAAUACUUUUGGACAAAACUGAAGGAUAUUCAGGUAGUGAUUUGACCACUUGUAUCUCAGAUGCAACUAUUGAGCCGAUAAGAGAACUAAACAAGAGUAUAUACUGGCGUUGGAGUGAUGACAGAAAAACUCUUCGACCUUGUAAUAAAAACGAUAAAGGCGCAGUUGCUCUUAGGCUGGGAAACAUUCCAAAAGAAAAAGUUCAACCUCGACCUGUUAAGUAUAACGACCUCGUAAAGUCACUAAAAGCAAACCAUUCGACUGUUUCGCUAGGUGACAUGGAGAAAUACGAAAACUUUACGAAGUCAUUUGGUCAAGUUGGAUAAGUUCAUUCAUGUAUUUUGGUUGUAAUGAAGUUAGUCAAAAGCGCGU